AUGCAGGUGACCCCUGUCCUCCUGGCGCUCACCCUGGCACUGGCCGUUCCCAGCUGCUCUGCUGAACGGAAGUGUGUUCUGACAGGAUCUUGGAUCAACGACCUGGGCUCCAAUAUGACCAUCAAUGAAUUGAACAGCAAAGGCGAGUUCAGUGGCACUUACCUCACUGCCGUGACAGCCACCAACAACGAAAUCAAGGUCUCCCCGCUGCAGGGCUCCCAGCAACGCAAGAACCAGCGCAACAAGGCCACCUUCGGUUUCACUGUCAACUGGGCUUUCUCAGAUGCCAUAACCGUCUUCACCGGCCAGUGCUUUGUGGACAAGAAUGGCAAGGAAGUUUUGAAGACCAUGUGGCUCCUGCGAAGCCACGUCAACAGCCUCGAGGAUGACUGGAAAGCCACCAGGUGA